AUGGUGUUCAGAGGAGAGCAUAAGGAAUUGAGGAAAGAAGGCGAAGAAUGGAUGAAAAAGGCUGCAGAUUCAUAUACAAUCACAGCAGCAAUUAUCACAACAAUAGUAUUUGCAGCUGCCAUUACUGUACCAGGUGGAACUGAUGGCAAUACCGGGAGAGCAAUUUAUGCCACAAAUCCAGGUUUUAUCAUAUUUGUGGUUUCGGAUGCAAUCUCAUUGUUUACAUCCAUUACUUCCUUGUUGAUGUGCCUUUCCAUUUUAACAACGCGCUACAGAGACGAAGACUUUCUCUAUCGGUUACCCCAGAGAAUGAUGCUUGGCAUUGCUAUGCUAUUCAUAUCAGUUACCUCCAUGAUGAUAGCCUUUAGUGCAACAUUAUACAUUAUGUUUGCACAGGGUAAAACAUGGAUAUUUUUCCCGAUAGCUGCACUAACAUGUUUACCGGUUAUUUCGUUCGUGACAUUACAACUACCCUUGCUUUUCGAUCUGUUCUCUUCCACAUAUGGCCGAGGAAUCUUUGGUAAACAAAGUGAUGGGAAGAGCAAACGAUAUUAA